CUCUUUACGUCCCGCCCCGCGACGGUCGGACUCUGCUGGCUCUGCCCCGGGGCUCGCUCGGUCGCCAUGUGGGCGACUGCCCUCCGGCUGUUGGGGGUAUCCCCGGGGCUCCGGGCGCUGCUCGGUGGGCGCCACGCGGGGCGUCUUCCCGGCGGUGCCCGAGGCCUGCAUGGCUCACCGGUCCUCGGCGGCAAGAACCUGCUCAAGAAAUUUGCCUCGAAAACCAAAAAGAAGUUUUGGUAUGAAGGGCCUUCCCUGGGCUCGCACCUGACUUACAAGCCGUCCCAGCUGGAGUUCCUGACAAAGAGCACCUCGAAGAAAACCAGGAAGGAAGACCACGUGCGCCUGAGGGCCCUGAACGGCCUCCUCUACAAAGCGCUCAGCGAUUUGCUGUGCACUCCUGAAGUGAGCCAACAGGUCUAUGACCUGAACGUGGAGCUGUCCAAGGUGUCUCUGACCGCAGACUUCUCUGCCUGCCGCGUGUACUGGAGGACGCCGCUCCCUGCCGAGCAGAACGCGCAUGCCCAGGCCACGCUGCAGAGGCACGCAGCGCACAUGAGGCAUCUUUUGAUGUCCCAGCAGACUCUGAGGAACGUGCCACCGAUAGUGUUUGUCCAGGACAAAGGCCACGCAGCUGUAGCCGAGGUGGACCGGUUACUGGCAGUCGCUGAUCUGGGACCGGCAGAUGAAGAAGACCUUGGAGGCGGGGACCUCAGGGAGCUCGAGGCCCCAGAGGCCCCCUCACCACAUGACAUCCCGGGGCCUGCCGUGCCCUCCAGUCUGUGCGGGAUUGAUCACAAGGCGCUCCACAAGCAGAUCGCGGAGUACAAGAGGAGGAAGGAGAAAGGGCGCGAGGGCGAGAGUGAGAGCCCGGCCUGCCCGGGGCUGGAGACGGCGGCUGAGCUGCGAAGGGCAAUGAAAAGGCGGAAGAAGGCCAGGCCCCGCAGGGCUGAGGAGCUCUCCCCCAAGGACUACCCGUGGGAGCUGGCGGGUGGGGACGACCCGGAGGAUGGCAGGGCCCUUCCGGAGGAGCUCGCCCUGGGGUGCGAGCGGGAGUGCGGACAAGCAGAGCCGGACACCGAGGCAAUGCGAGGCGGGGGCAGGAGGACCGAGGCGGCUGUCGGGGGCCACGACGGGCGUGGGUUGUGAGGCUCCGGCGCUGCCCCAUCGGAGUUCUGCUCUGGGAAGCACCGUCAGCUCUGGCGUGUUCGCGGGAAGCCCGUGGUGACUGGCGCCCAGGUGCCCUGCCCUGUCUCUCCCCUGCCCUGCUGCUGCUGCCCUGUGCAAGGUGAGACGGGUGAUGAGCAGCUGGGUCCUCAUCACCUGCAGGUUUGCUCCUGGCUGGAGUCCCGGCGACCCCCAGGCACACUCACUCUGGGACGCACCCACAGAGGUGGGGGUUCAGAGUCCCGGGACACAUGCGUCUCCACAGAGGCUCCGGCAUUCCUGUCCUGCUGCGAAUGGCUGCUUUUCACGGUUGGUUUCAUGCCGCGUUGUCCACAUUUUUGUCUCUUUAAUCCUCACCUGAGAGUAUGUCUGUCCAUUUUAGAGACAGAGGAAGGAGAAAACCUCGGUGAGGGAGAGAAACACACCAGACCAGGGAUUGAACCCACAACCCAGGGGUGUGUCCUGACCAGGAGCACAGAUGUUCCCGGUGUAUAUGAAAGCAAUUUGGUUUCCGUCUGUCUUUUUAAAAAACACUUUCAGUGGCUGAAGGCAGAGCAGAAAAAUUCUAGCCUGCAAUAUUUCAUUUAUCUCUGGAUAAUGCUAAGUUCUGUGGAAGGAAUGCCCCAUGACCCCAUUUUUAUAAGACUCACUCACGCAUAGUGCCUCUCAGCACGGAGCACGAGAAAGUCACACUCGGCUUUUAAAAGACAGCUGUUCUGGGAAGAACUUGUGCGGAACUCUCAAUAAAUAUGUGUCCAGUAAAGCCUCUUCACUCUGCCCCAAACAACACGCCUCCCUGUGCCUCCGCUUUGCGUGCAGACGCUCGGGCCCUGGGUUUGCGAGGGGCUCGAUGUGGGGUGAGUCAGCCGCCUGAAGCAGAGAGGCACCCUGUUCCUCCAGCAGAGUGACUGGUGUGGCAGAGGCCUCUGUGCCCUGCAGGCUGGUCCUUCCCUCUAGGCAGGUCGAAUUGCUGGUGUUGGUCCCUGCUCAGGCCCAUGACUUGCACAUUGGCACAUGGGCUGGAUGCCUGCCUCACGCGGCAUUGGGGCCGAGAAAGUUUGCGAGGGGUCAGCUGCCACCUUCUGCCUCCCGUGCUCCAACACUAGGUCUUCCAAGCAGUUUUAUCAGACUGUGUUAAUCUAGGUGGGAAAGCCCAGAGUAAUUGCAAGUGUGUUUUAGUUACCAGAAGAAGAAAAGCAGAGGAAGAAUCUCUGAGAAAUGACAAGAUUCACUGCAGAUUUUGCCUGAAUCCUAUUCAUAUAAACCAGCAAAGCAUGAAUGUGUGCUACAUACAACCUCAGAACACUGUCCUAAAAUGUGUGUGAGUGUGAGUGCCCAUGUGCGUGAGCCUGUGUGUGUGUACCUGUGCUUAGGCCUGCAAGGUCUUAAGAUACAACAGUCAUGACAGGCACUCUUGCCCAGCCUGUGCCACCAACAGGUGUCUUGUGGGUUUGGCUCCAUCUGGGGAAGCCCCACACCCGUCGAGGUCAGGGACACAACCCACAAUGAGAGGAAAAAAAGGACAAGAAGACGGCAAAGGCUGCGGAAGGAUCACAAUCUGAUUUCCAGAGUUAAUACACUGCAACAACAAAACUGUAGAGAAAUACGAAAGUAUGGCCCAUGCAAAUGAAAAAAUCCACAGAAACUGUCUCCUAAAAAGUUCUGGAGGUAGAUUUACUGGACAGAGACUUUAAAACUGUCUUAAAGUGCUCAAAGGGCUAAACAUUAGAGCAAGUCUAGAAAAUGAUACAUGAACAAAAUGAAGUUAGCAACAAAGAAAAAACAGAAACCAUACAGAAAUUUUGGAAUGAAAUACUCGAAAUGAAGUAUUCGCUAGAGUGAUUCAGAUGCAGAUUUGAGCAGGCACAAGAAAGAAACAGAAACUGAAACAAGAUAAUCAAAAUUAUAGUCUAGGGAAUGGGGGGAAAAAAAGGAUUGGCGAGACACCAACAGAGCCCUAGGGACUUGUGGGACACUGGAGCAGACCAGCGUGCUGGGGGAGUCCCAGGAAGAGAGAGGAAGGGGUAGAGAGAAUGUUUAAAGAAAGAAUGGCUGAGACUUUCCCACAUUUGAUGAAAGCUCAGUGUGCUCCAAGGAAGAUGAACUGAGAGACACAUAGUGAGACUUGUAAAAGCCGAACGCAAAGAAUCAAAAGCAGCGAGAGAGCGAAGCAUCACAUGCGAGGGAUCCUCAAUUAGAUUACAUUUCUCAUCAGAAACCUUGAAGGUCAGGAGGUGGUGGGCUGAUAUAUUCAAAGUGGUAAAAGGGAG